AUAAUCAUCAUUAGCAACGUUAAACAACAAUGGCAAAGUUAAGCAACAUAGUAAUCACAACCCUAAACAUCCUAACAACAAUCCUUUCAUUAUUAGCAAUAGCCAUAUUUAUUUACCUACACUUUUUCAUCAAUGGAAGUCCAACACAUUGUCAACAAAUGGUAGAAUGGCCUAUUCUCAUAAUAGGAUUAAUUCUUCUUACUAUUUCUUUACUAGGAAUGAUUGGUUCAUGGUGUCAAAUUCCUUUUCUUCUUUGGAUAUAUGUUGUUUCCGUGGUUGUUAUUAUGAUAGGUUGGGUUAUUUUUACGGGCUUCGUGUUUAUGGUCACGAAUAAGGGUGCCGGAAAAGCAGUGUCCGGUGUCGGGUUUCAGGAGUAUAGGGUGGGUGAUUUUAACCAUUGGUUGCAAAGGAAUGUUGUUAAUACUAAGAAUUGGGUUCAAAUUCGGAGUUGUUUGGUUGAUAGUAAAGUUUGUGCGUCGUUGGAUCGUGUAUAUACUAAUCAAGGCCUUGAAUUUUUCAAGAAAAACUUGUCUCCAAUUCAGUCAAGCUGUUGCAAGCCACCAACAUCAUGUGGGUUUACCCCUAAGAAUGCAACCUACUGGGAGGUUCCGAAGACAGGCCCGACCUCAUCGGAUUCCGAUUGCAAUGCAUGGAGCAACGACAAGGAUAAGUUAUGCUACGAUUGCAAGUCUUGCAAGGCAGGUGUACUAGCCAGUCUUAGGGAGGAGUGGCGGCAUUUCUUGAUCUUCAAUAUCACCAUAUUUAUCAUUCUCUUUGUGAUUUAUAUGGUUGGUUGCUGCGCAAUCCGCAAUAGUUAUAAUCGUUCUUCCAACAAGUACCCUUAGUUUAACUUCAUGUUUGUUCAUGUUGUGUUUUCUAGCAUAGUUUAGCUUUAUUAAGUUCAUAGAUAGAAUAGUAUUUUCUUUUCUUAAAUUUUAUAGGUUGGAUUUUAAAUGUUGGAUUAUUGUGUUAAUUAGUAAGUUUGUGUCUUUAAUUGUUAAUUUAGUUGUAUCUAUGUUUAGAAAAUGAUUUAUUUGAUGGAUUUAUUUAAUAUAAGUCAUAGUUUGUGUUAUUCAUUGUCGAUUUUUGAAAGUUUAUGUGAUAAAUAUAUUCUAGUGUUAAAUUUCUGUUAAUUUUUCUCUCAAUCUUUGUUCUAUCUAAUCUUAUACCCGUUUUCUUUAG